AUGAUCGACCGACCGCGGGAACUAAUGUCCGACUCGAAACCGUCGCAAUCUCUCCACCUGGACACCACCGCCCUCCACCGCGCCGCUCUCUGCUCCCUCUCCCUUCCGCCCCAACCGCCGCCCAACGACCCCGUCACCCCUCCCCCUGCCACCUUACCCCACUCCAAACUCAUUCCCAGGACCCGCUUCGUCGUCGACGGCUUCAAACAUGCCGACUCCAAAUUUUCCGUCUCCUAUUUCCUCUCCCACUUCCACUCCGACCACUACACCGGUCUCACCCCGCAGUGGGCUAAGGGCAUCAUCUACUGCUCACCCGUUACUGCUAAUCUCCUUAAUGAAAUCCUCAAAAUUCCUCAGCCGCUGAUUUUUCCCCUGCCUCUCUCCCAGCCCAUGCUGAUCGAUGGCUCGGAGGUCUGGCUCGUCGACGCCAAUCAUUGUCCCGGCGCGGUCCAGUUCUUGUUCAAGGUCCCCGUGGACAGUGAAGCCGUUGUGGGGUUCGAGAAGUAUGUGCAUACUGGCGACUUCAGGUAUUGUGCUGAAAUGAAGAAUGAAACUGCAAUUUCUCACUUUAUUGGUGCUGAUGCUGUGUUUCUAGAUACGACUUACUGUAAUCCCAAGUUUGUGUUUCCGAGUCAGGAGGAGUCAAUUGAUUACAUUGUUAGUGUGAUUGAAAAAUUGGGGGUUCAGAACGAGGGUGCGGAUGGUAAGAAUGUGUUGUUUCUAGUGGCUACUUAUGUCAUUGGUAAGGAGAAGAUUUUGAUGGAGAUUUCUCGAAGGUGUAAGAGGAAGAUUCAUGUAAGCAGCAAAAAGAUGGCCGUUUUGCGCGCUUUGGGUUUGGUAGAAAGUGGGGUGUUUACAGAAGACGAGUCAGAGAGUGAUGUUCAUGUUGUUGGUUGGAAUAUGUUGGGUGAGACUUGGCCCUACUUCAGACCGAAUUUCGUGAAGAUGCAAGAGGUUAUGAGCAAAAGAGGUUAUUCGAAGGUUGUGGGAUUUGUCCCCACCGGAUGGACAUACGAAGUGAAGCACAAUAAGUUUGCUGUGAGGACCAAGGAUUCAUUUGACAUCCAUCUUGUUCCUUACAGCGAACAUUCGAACUAUGAUGAGCUGAGGGAGUAUGUGAGGUUUUUGAAGCCAAAGCGUGUUAUCCCUACAGUUGGUGCUGAUGUCGAGAAAAUUGAUAGCAAACAUGCCAAUGCAAUGCAGAAGCAUUUUGCUGGUUUGGUGGAUGAAAUGGCUGUUAAGAAAGAAUUCUUGAUGGGUUUUCUUCGUGGUGGAAUUGGGGCAGUUGAUGUGUGUGAGAAGGAUUCGUCUUUUGUCUCAGACAAUAUUCCAGAUAAAGAGGCUGAGAACACGUUUUCUGCUUCAAAUUGUGACAGUGAUGUUGAACUGGAGAAAGAGAGGAAACUGUCAUGUCCUCAAGAGGAACCCCCUUCACAGGAUUUUGAAGACUUAAACAAAACUGAUUUGGAGAAAUCUGUAAAGGAACUGCAAGACUGUUUGCCCAGUUGGGUCACCCUAUGCCAGAUGUUAGAGCUACUUAGCAGUUCUGGUGGAAAUGUAGUCGAGGCAGUUUCUAAUUUUUAUGAACAUGAAACGGAGUUUCAUGAACGUGUUGUUUCCAGUACAUCUAUCCUCUUUACUUCCCACGAAACCUCAGAAAACCUCCCGCCUUUGGCUUUUGAAUCCCGUCCAGUUGUGAGCGUAAACCAGCCCACGCAUGUUUCUCUCAGUCAAAGCUUCAAACUGCCUGAUUGUGGUAAUAAGAGUGGGAAAUCUCCAGUGAAAAGGAAGGGAAAUUCUGGUGGCAAGGGAACGAAGAAAGCAAGAGCGGAUUUAACACAGGCUAAUUCAAAGCAGCAUCCUAUAACUAAGUUCUUUAAUAAAAAAAUGCAGGUCAUUUCUGAAGAUUGUGAAGUUGAAGUUAAAUUGAAUAAUUUUCGUGAUGAGCAAAGUUACAAGGAUGAGGUAGACCAGUUUAUUCGCAUCGUAGACGGUGGUGAAUCAUUGAGAAGCUAUGCCACCAGCAUUCUUCAGAAUACGAAGGGAGACAUUAAUAUGGCUCUGGAUACAUAUUAUAAUGAUCGUUCUGGUAAAGCUGGCUGCAAUUUGUUGGACAGUGAUAAAUUAGAAUCUGCAUGUACCAGUGGAACCUGUUCUAUGGACAGAGAUGCUGAACAAAUUAAGUGCAAUAAACUUGAGAUCAAGUCUGAUAUUUCCUUCCCGGCUUCAAGACAAGACGACCUCUCUGAAAAUUUUAUAUCACUUCCUCCUGAAAGAUAUUUCCCUAUUGAGCAUGGAGAAAAGGGAAAGCUAAAGGCUAUAUCAAUGCUGUGCAAUAUGUUUAGGAGUUUGUUGGUUCUUUCACCUGAGGAUGUACUACCUACUGUGUAUUUGUGUACGAAUAAAAUUACCCCUGAGCAUGAAAAUGUGGAACUGAAUAUUGGUGGUAGCAUAGUUGAGGCUGCCCUGGAAGAGGCUUGUGGAACCAAUAGAUCUAAAAUAAGGAAUCUUUAUAGUAGGCUGGGUGAUCUUGGAGACGUUGCUCUUCUUUGCCGGCAAAGCCAAUCACUACUUGCUCCUCCAGCAGCCCUUACAAUUCGAGAAGUCUAUUCUGUUCUCCAGAAGAUAAGUAUACAAACUGGUAGUGGCAGUACGACCAGGAAGAAAAGCCUCAUUGUCAAUCUCUUGUGUUCAUGUAGAGAGAAGGAGAUGAAAUUUAUUGUCCGAACUUUGGUUAGAAACUUGAGAAUUGGAGCUAUGAUGAGAACAAUUCUUCCUGCUUUAGCUCAAGCCAUUGUGAUGAACACAGUUGGAAUAGCUGGGAACUUGAAGGAUCAUGUUCAGCGUCUCUCAAGUGCAGUAGUUGAAGCUUACAACGUACUUCCGAACCUGGAUUUACUUAUCCCUUGUUUGAUGGAAAAAGGGAUCGAUUUUUCGUCAUCAACCUUAUCAAUGGUUCCUGGCAUACCAAUCAAACCAAUGCUGGCUAAAAUUACUAAUGGAGCUCCUCAGGUGCUGAAAAUCUUCAAAGACAGGUCAUUUACAUGUGAAUAUAAAUAUGAUGGCCAACGUGCUCAGAUUCACAGAUUACCAGAUGGUUCCAUACGUGUUUUCUCGAGAAAUGGUGAUGAAACCACAGGGAAAUUCCCGGAUGUAGUUGACAUAGUUAAGGAGUCUUGUGUUCAUGCAGCAGAUACUUUUAUUUUGGAUGCAGAGGUGGUUGCAAUUGAUCGGAUGAACAAUCUGAAGCUUAUGUCAUUUCAAGAGUUAUCUUCGAGGGAGAGAGGGAGUAAGGACUCCCUGAUUGCUGUAGAUAAAAUAAAGGUUGAUGUAUGCAUUUUUGUCUUUGAUAUCAUGUUUGCAAAUGGAGAGCAGUUGUUGAAUCUACCCCUUCGUCAAAGGCGGAAACAUUUGAAGGAUUUAAUUGGUGAAGAAAAACUAGGUUACUUGGAGUAUGCCAGAGAAAUGACGGUGGAAUCACAUGAUGCUGAUGUAGAGAAUGAGGAUACGCUGAACAGGAUGAAUAAAUUUCUCGACGAUGCUCUUCGUUCAUCGUGUGAAGGAAUCAUGGUUAAAUCCCUUGAUAUUGAUGCCGGUUAUACACCUUCAAAGCGUUUGGAUGCCUGGUUGAAGGUCAAAAGAGAUUACGUUGAAGGACUUUGUGAUUCCUUGGACUUGGUUCCGAUUGGUGCUUGGCAUGGAAAUGGAAGAAAAGCAGGAUGGUUUAGUCCUUUCCUUUUGGCUUGCUACAAUCCUGAUACCGAAGAAUACCAGAGCGUAUGUCGCGUCAUGUCAGGAUUUUCAGAUGCAUUCUACAAAGAGAUGAAAGAAUUUUUCUCGGGGGACAAAAUUCUUUCGAAGAAACCACUGGAUUAUCGGACAUCCGAAGCGCCCGACAUGUGGUUUGCACCGGAACUUGUGUGGCAGAUAAGAGGUGCGGAGUUUACCGUGUCGCCAGUACAUCAUGCAGCUAUCGGUUUAGUCCAUCCAUCUCGUGGUAUCUCGAUCAGGUUUCCUAGGUUCAUUGCGCCUGUGGCAGACCGCAAGCCCGAUGAGUGCAGCACAGCAGCAGAUGUAGCCCACAUGUUUAGUUUGCAGACUAGGAAAAUGAAGGUGAAAAUAAAUGAUUGA